AUGGCCAAUUAUCGGCUUAAACUUUCCAACUUCAUAUACAAUUCUUGGUUUCACAAGAACAAAAUCACCAAAAAACAACAAUCAUCAUCUUCCUCCAAUCCCCACACCAAAGAUCAUCUCGUCGCCGACCAGAGGAAAUCCUACUACUUCCCUAGAGACUUAACAGAAGACUCACCACCACCGAAAACGCAGUCACCGGAAACACCAAGAAAGUCAUCGAAGAAAAGAAGACCUCCCACCCACAAGAAACCAGUUCAACAGAAAUCAGUCUCCGGGGAACACACUUUACCCCGAAGAUGCUACUGUCGGGUCACUCCGGAGUCCAUUUGGACAGCUUCCAACUCUUCUGACAUUGAAUUCCUAUCGCCUGAACUACCUGUUUCGUCUCGUGAAUCCCUCAGUUGUUCGUGUAACACGACUUCAUCGUACGACGAAGUAUAUGGGAAAGUUGACCUCCCGCCGAUCAUUACGAAGUCAACGAAAAAAGAGGGACUCGAAUCCGGUAAAUGGAUGAUAGACGGCGGAAGCCGGAGUUUAUCGAUGAAAGUUGUGAAGGAGGACGUUAUGGAGACUCCGACGACACACACAACACGUAGUCCGGUUAGAAGAAGUACAGGAGGGAAAGUGAUCAAAGGAAACUGUUACUCGCCGAGAGUGGGGAACAGAGUUAGAGUACAGGGAAUAAACGGCGGCGGCCGGAGAAGCAAUGGUUACCGUCGGAGUCUGUCGGAGAGUAUGGCGGUGGUUAAAACAUCGGUGGAUCCUGGUAGGGAUUUUAAAGAAUCAAUGGUGGAGAUGAUAAUGCAAAAUAACAUGAAGAGUUCAAAGGAUUUGGAGGAUCUUCUUGCAUGCUAUCUUCUAUUGAAUUCCGAUGAUUAUCAUGACUUGAUCAUCAAGGUAUUCAAGCAAAUUUGGUUUGAGAGCACUGAUAUUCGAUUGUAA